AUGCAAUCACUCGUCCUUCCCCCUACAGCCCUCAGCAGCACACAAUUUGGACAUCCAAGGUUCAGCUCAGCCUCCGAACGGCUUGCUCUUAAUUACACGCUACCGACAAAUGCUCGUCUGUGCAAUCCCCGGGACCUUCCACCCGUUCACCCUAUGUCCAGCUCGGUCCCGGCAGAAGACCCGCUGGAGACUCCUCGACACGUCAGACCAGACCCUCAUACAACAGGACUGCCAACAGUUACGGCUGUGUCAGUAACCGCGCCAGCGGUGACAAACGCGUCUGUGUCAGAGACGGCUCUAGCAUCGGGAUCUUCAGGCCCCGCGACAGGCCAUACUUCAGCAUUCCAACAAUAUGUGGCCCCGGCCACUAGAGAAGAGAUACGACCACCAUUCACCUUCAAUGAAACCGUCCCUGGUUCCCAGGCGCCGCUUGGGACCACCGAACAACGAGCAGCACAAGAGCCCUCGACGACGUUUCCGUCCUCAAGUUUCGGAACCUCACCGACUGCUAGGGAGCUGCUGCCAAAAGGGACGAGGCGCACUAAAGCACACGUCGCAUCGGCGUGUGUUAAUUGCAAGAAGAAGCAUCUAGGGUGCGAUCCUGCCCGGCCUUGUCGAAGGUGCGUCUUGUCGGGAAAGGAGGCUACCUGUGUUGAUGUUACGCAUAAGAAAAGAGGAAGACCGCCACUGAAAGCUGAAGAUGCGUCUCUCAGGACGUACGCAUCACAGGCAGAGAAUGCGGCGACAUCUGGAGAGCUGCAGACCCCUCUUCCCAGACGCACUCAUACGCAUAGGUCCACCGGCUCCCGCGAAAUUCGACCUGUGACAGACCUUCAGAUGCCUGGUACACCGCACGGGGCAGUCGGGUUUAGGGCUCCGCCGGGACACCCUCACAGGUGGUCGACUUCCGUGUUCCCCCAGGUCGUGGACCCCUCAUUAUCGAUGCAGGGAAACCUGGGACAUAGGCGCUUUCCUUCUUCUGGUUCCAUACCACAAAUGACAGUUGCGUCACCGCCAGGUUUUAUUCCUCUGACAAGCGGUUUCAGUCCUGCGCUCAAUCUCGGUCGCACGCCAAUGGGCGCAGGAAGGCCUCUUUCUUCAUAUACUCACCAGGGAUUACCUCCUACCACGUCUCCACCGCAAUAUCAACAACCAUUCGGUGUGCCCAUGCCGCCAUACACGGUGAGUCCACGAAUGGUGAGCCGGUUGCCGGCGGGUGACAAUCGCGAAGCAUACCCGGAAUCUCCAGUCCGGUUGCCCCCUAUUUUCCCUCCAGCGAUGACGCACUCUCGUCCCACACCACAGGCACAUCGGUUGAGCGAUCCGUACCCGACAGCGUGGUCGCCUCGACUCCGUGAGGAGCUGAUGCAGCCACAACCACAGCAGCAGACUGGAGGGUCGUCGCCGCACAGUUUUAUGGAACCAAUUUCUCCUGCCGCGCAAACGCGUCACGCGGCGCUUGAACACGGCCACGGAGACCUAGGGUCGCAACAAUCAAAUUCAAUUGUACAAGGAGCACAAAAUCUUUCAGCGCUGUCGUCUCCAGCUCGUCCUCGGGACGAACAACCAGCUGGGGGACCCGAAACAGGCGAAUCCAGGCCCACCAAGAGGCGAAAGAUGGCCUUGGAUGAUAUGGUGAACGACUGA